CGACUUCCCUCACGAUUCACGACCGUCACGACUCUCUUUCUCGCCUGUACCAGCUUCACGACCUGCCAUGUCCCCCAUUAGCGCAACUCCCAACCUUGGCACUCGGGCUACUACUCAAAGCACGGGUUCUCGACAUUCUUCCGAGGCGGCGCCCUCGCUGCCCCGGCCUAUGACGCCGUCUAGUGUGCACUCUUCAUCAAGCGAGACGGGGGACAACGAUAUUAUCCCGCCAUACCACCCGGCAGCUCCCAGGACACUUGUCCUCUGCUUCGACGGUACUGGCGACCAGUUUGACUCAGAUAACUCGAAUGUAGUCAAGUUCUUCAGCUUGCUCAAGCGCGAUGAUCGACGGGAGCAGAUGGUUUACUACCAGGCUGGGAUCGGGACCUACACGAGCCCACGAGUCUUCAGCUCCGCCGGCCAAGCUAUCUUGAAGACCCUUGACGAGAUGGUCGCGUGGAACCUCGAUGCGCAUGUGAUGGGCGGAUACGAGUUCUUGAUGCAAAAUUAUGAAGCAGGCGACAAAAUCUGCCUCUUCGGUUUCUCCCGCGGGGCGUACACUGCGCGCGCGCUCGCGGGAAUGCUACACAAGGUUGGGCUACUCCCAUCGCACAACUUCCAGCAAAUACCCUUCGCGUACAAGAUGUACAUACGCACGGACGAGCUCGGCUGGAAGCAAAGUACGGCAUUCAAGAAGGCAUUCUCGAUCGAUGUGGACAUUGACUUCAUCGGCGUUUGGGACACCGUCUGUUCCGUCGGGCUCAUCCCUCAAAGGCUUCCCUUCACUGCGUCCAACACCGCGAUUCGUGUCUUCCGUCACGCGCUAUCGCUGGACGAGCGCCGCGCAAGGUUCAAGGCGAACCACUACAAUCGCCCGUCAGAGUGGGAGAAGAAACAGGGCACACACGGGGACAUGCCUCGCCCCGUGCAACGUCAUUUCACCAUGCGCCGGAGCACGACUAAGACUGUACAGGCGCUCGAGCGCUCAAAGUCGACGUCGCCCUCCCGAUUUGCGCACUUGGCGCGGGGCAUGACGCACGCGCAUGGAAAAGAGGAAACGUCUGCUACCGGCACGACGGCUGUCGCGACCUCCGCAAACACUGUCACAAGCGUCGCUGCCGUAGAGCAGGAAGUAGUGCAGACUGCGGAGAGGAUGGGGGACGACGUUGAGAAGGUUGUAGAGAAGAGCACAGAAGUUGCGGAGGCGGUCGCCGAGGUUGCGGACGCAAACGGGGUCAAGCUCUGGAAGCACGCCAAGGGACGCUUCGACACGUUCCGUACGCUCUGGCGCAAGAAGAACGGCAAGCGCCUCUCACAGGAGGAAGAUGAGUUCAAUAAGACAGAUAUCAUCAACGGCGAGACCGACGUUAAGGAGGUCUGGUUCGCAGGCUGCCAUUGCGACGUUGGCGGCGGCUCUGUCGCAGACAGCGAGAAGCACUCCCUAGCUCGCAUCCCGCUGCGUUGGAUGGUUCGCGAGUGCUUCCGCACCAACACCGGCAUCCGCUUCCAUGCCGAGCUCCUCAAAGACGUCGGUCUCGAUCCUCAGAACCUCUGGCCGCACGUGAAGGACCCGUACGAGUUCGGCCCGGGGCUCGAGCACGCACCCCAGAUCCCACCGCUGCACCCUUCCCCACGGAUAUCGCUCGACCCGCCGACGCCCCCAGAGAAGUCGAGGCAGGACGUGGAGAGCAAGUACGUCCACGCAAACGGUAUCUUCGCGCACCCCCCGACUGUAUCACAUGCGUCUCCUCCCUCAUCGACAGCGUCGUCGACAUUGUCGCACUCGCAUGCACCAGAGCAUGCACGUCAUGUGUCGAUAUCGACGACGCGGACGGUCGUAGGCUCAUCGCCCACGGCCCAACAGGUGGCACAUGCCGAGCCUGCGGCAGAGCUGGACGUAAACGAGGCGAAAGAGGAGCGAGAGGACGCGCUGUGUCCUAUCUACGACCAGCUCAGCCUCCAUCCAUGGUGGUGGAUACUCGAAGUACUCCCUAUCAAGCAGCGCAAACAGCUCAAGAACAACACUUGGAAGAAGUACUUGGCCAUCAACCUGGGGCACGGGCGCACGGUGCCCCCAUACACGGAGCACUUUUAUGUGCACCACAGCGUGAAGCUCCGGAUGGAGGAGCAGAACCUGCCUGGCGGGCUGUACAAGCCAAAGGCAAAGUGGGACAACAAACUUCAACCCAUCUACGUCGACUGAGCUCGCGCCUUCGUUCGUCGUGCAUUAUCCCUCGCACACUGUCGGCCGUGAGCGGCGAUCUCUCACUAUGUCUUCCUCUCUCGUGAUCGAGCCCCCGUUAAGGACGGGCUCUGUUCAAUGGGAGUGGUCAGAAAC